ACAAAGAGGAGAGAGCGUAUCUUAUACCCUUCUAGCUAGGGUUUUUGCAGCAGGGGAGAGAGAGGGAACUUGAGCGCGACGAUUUUUUUGCAGCGAUUCCAUCACAAGCCGAAGCCAUGGCGAGCACGAAAGUUCAGCGUAUUAUGACCCAACCCAUUAACCUGAUCUUCAGGUAUCUUCAGAGCAAAGCGCGCAUUCAGAUUUGGCUGUUUGAGCAGAAGGAUCUGAGGAUCGAGGGCCGAAUAAUCGGGUUCGACGAGUACAUGAAUUUGGUGCUGGAUGAAGCUGAGGAGGUUAACAUCAAGAAGAACAGCAGGAAGCAGCUCGGGAGGAUUUUGUUGAAAGGGGAUAACAUCACGUUGAUGAUGAAUACUGGCAAGUGAUGCUAAGAUACAGGCUCAAAGACUAAUGAAGGGGCUGCCUUGUAGUUCUUUCAGAAUGACUUCGUCUGCAUUCAUUUCUUUAGGAUGGCCGUUUGCUUAGUUUCUCUCAUUAUCCUACUUCUUACAUGUAUGUUACUGUGUUUUUGUACCAAGAUUUACUAGUAUUCGAAGUUGGAUAUCAUGUAAAGAAGAGAGUUUGCUUUAAUCUGGCCAUUGAAGAGUUGGAAAUAUUCACGCA